ACAGCCAUGCAAAGUGACAAAAAGCAAAUAGGCCUUUUUUUAUUUUGCCCUCCUUUCCUUCAUCUCUCAAAACCCAGCCUGAGAAAACAUGGCAGGCACAAUUUACCAAAUGUACCAAAUUUAUUUUCUUUUAGUUCUGUGCCCACUGAAGACAGCCAAUGACAUAGUCUUUCUCACUAAGCUUAUCUGUUGUCAGCAGGUGCAAUUUCCUGCAGUCAGGUUGCUGCAGAGAGUCUGGGAGCUCUGAAGUCUUGGAGUCCUGUACUCUGAGUAGCAGCAGCUCAGGAGCUCGUCCAUCUCAGUAAUCCUGCAGGAAAAGAGGCUCCUCUCUCUGGGAGCAUGGCACUGCUGGGCUGGGGCUGCAUCAUCUGCUUUCUAGCUGCUGCAGGUACAAUAGCAGAAGCCGUUCAGGUGAUGGUGUGGAGCACCGCGGUUCUGGGCCGGUCAGUCCUCCUGUCCACCUCACUCAACUCAACUCAGCUACAGUCAAUGAAAUGGUCAGUGAAGAAGGAGGACUCCAAAACAGUGAGGAUUUUAACAGCUGAAAAUAAAACUCAGCCACAAAUAACACCCCCGUUCCUUCAACGUGUGGAGCUCCUGAAGAAUGGCUCGAUGCUCCUGAGAAACGUGACCGGCUCAGAUCAAGGGGUUUAUACUGUGACAGUAACAGACUGGGACGGGACAGAAGAAACAGAGACUAUCACCCUGACAGUGAGCGCUGCAGUGGUGAUCAACUCCCUCUCUGCCUCCCCUGAUUCCCCCAGCAUGGGAGACAACGUGACCCUGAGCUGCAGAGUCUCCGGGGGAACACAACGCAGUGUAUCCUGGCUCAAGGACGGAGACCUCCUGCCCAAUAAGACCCUGGCACACCUCUCCCUCCCGACGCUGGCACCCUCGCACUGUGGUCUCUACACCUGUCUGGCACAGGAUGCCUUCAGCUCUGACCAGGCUGACUACCGCUUGACUGCCCCGGGAUGUGAAAACCCUUUCUCUGCUUCGAUUGCCCUGGUUGCCUGUGGAGUUGUGCUUGUUGUCAUCGCUGCCCUGGGUACAAGAUGCUGGUGUAAGAUUCACCUGGGAGCCUGCUCUGAAAAUCCAAGGGCAGGACAAGAAGUGGAUGUGGUCCAGUCCCCCAGAAGCCAGACUCCAGUGGAGCUGGAAUACGCAGAGCUGGAAUUUCAGGACAGAGCCGAGCGGCCAACCCCACAGCAACACACAGCUCCAGAAGAUCUGAGUGUUAUCUACUCACAGUGCCGCUAGUGAAGCUGCUCAUCACAGCAACACACACAGCACUGCAGGCAGCAAGGCAUCGGGGCAUGCAAAUUCACCCAAUUAGUAUUGCAGGCUCGUGCAAAGUGCCUGGGCGCUGUAUGAGUUUGAAUGGUUAUGCACAGUUAUGAAUCCUCAGCAGACUGGCAGUGCAGUCCUUUCAAGUGACCUUCUCUCUUCGGUUCUGUGACUCGACGGGUGACUAGCUGGUACAGGUGCUGGAGAAUAAAUGGGAAACACCUGCCAUGUGUAGUACACCUCCAUCGCAUGACUACUAGGACUGCUGAGACUUUGUGAAUUCUGUAUUUGUUUUUUUUAAUCCAAAUACAUUUUUCUGUUUGUCGUAUAUUAAUAUGUUUUUAAAUUGUCAUCCCUAUAACAUAUACUCAGAAAAUACACCAUUCAUUUUUAAGAGCUUCUUGUUGAAAGGCUUCUAGUUUUAUGACUGAGUUUCUUUUUUUAGCUCCUAUCUCUAUUAUCUUGCCGCUAUGACAGUACACACUGUUGUAUAGUUCACAUUUUAAACAACUAAACUCUUGUGAAUCAUCCAUGCUGUUUGUUCUGGGAGAGACAUUAACUAACAUAAUCCACAGCUCUGAAAAAACUCAUCUUCUGAGUCAACGACUUCUUCAUUUGACUAGGUGCCAUAAUACUGCUAUUUGACACUUCAGUUUUAUGCCAACCAUUUAAGACUUAUAAACAGGGCUCUGGUCAAUUCCUGUUUUUCAAAUACUGUAUUAAAAUAAACGUAAUAAAAUCAAUGAUGCCCCCCUUGUAAUGGGUCUCUGGCG